GCCUCCAUCUUAUUGGGAACAAAGUGCAGCUCCAGCUACAAGACAUGUCCUGCUACAACCCGUGUCUGCCCUGCCAGUCCUCUGGCCCAACCCCACUGGCCAACAGCUGCAAUGAGCCCUGUGUCCAACAGUGCCAGGACUCCCAUGUUUACAUCCAGCCCUCCCCUGUGGUGGUGACCCUGCCCGGCCCCAUCCUCAGCUCCUUCCCGCAGAACACCGCCGUGGGCUCCUCCACCUCCACUGCCGUUGGCAGCAUCCUCAGCUCUCAGGGAGUGCCCAUCAACUCCGGGGGCUUUGGUCUCUCUGGCUUGGGCAGCGGCAUCUGUGGCACAAGGAGGUGUUUCCCCUGCUAAAGCUGCUGGUGAUGGCCCUGGGGAAGGAAACCAGGGACACACAAGAUGAUACUGGACUGGGGAUGGAUGAUCAGGCUGUUGGUGUCAGAGGGGCUGAGCAACUCCAGCAGCCCUUUUCAAAAGGACGGGGCCAGCCUGGGCUCUCAGGAAGCACGGUCCAUGCUGCCUUUCUCCUCUUCCAGUGUCUCCUGUUCCUCUUGUGUCCUUGUUCUCUUGUGCUCCCCUGGGCUGUGAGCCUCACAAAGCCAGCCUAAGGAGGACCUGCUGGCCCUGCUCCCUCUGUGGGGGAGGUAGAUGGACACCUGGUUGAAUCUUUUUCACAGACUUGUGUCACACACUCCUGUCUACCCAUUGUGGUCCCUGUACUGGAGAUUCCACUCAGAGCUACUUUGUUUUCUUUGGACUCAUUAAAGUUCUUCUGCAUCCCA